AGCCCGAAAAUGCGUGCAAGAUGAAGUAAUGAGCCUUUAGUAAAGUAUUGAAAAAUGAAAGUUGAGAAGUUCAAAGAUUGAUUUGCAUGCCACGAAGAAGAAAUUGCAUAAAACAUGUUUAUUAUUGUGUAGAAUUCAGUCGUAUUUAUCGAAAUGGCUACAAAUACAAACAGUCAUGUUAACACGGCGACAAAUGUUGGGUAUUUCACUUUUGAAAUCGCUUGGGAGGUCGCAAAUAAAGUUGGUGGUAUUUAUACUGUGAUUCGAACAAAAGCUCCGGUCACAGUAGAGGAAUUGGGUAAUCAAUAUUGCUUAGUUGGUCCUUACAAGGAACAUAACGUCAAUGUGGAAGUUGAAAUUUGUGAACCACAAAGUCAGGCAAUCAAGGAUGCAAUGGAGGAUUUAAAAAAAGAAGGAAUAAAGGUUGUUUUUGGAAGAUGGCUGAUUGAUGGUUACCCCCAAGUUUUGUUGUUGGAUAUUGGAUCUGGUAGUAAAUUCAUGAAUGCUUGGAAGCAAGAACUCUGGGAGAAAUGUAGUGUUGGUGUUACACAUCUUGAUAUUGAGGCUAAUGACUCCGUGAUUUUUGGCUAUCUCGUAUGUUGGUUUAUAACUCAGUUUAAAAAGAGAGAACCGUUACCUGUCAUUGCUCAUUUCCACGAGUGGUUAUCAGGUGUUGGUUUGGUUGCUCUGAGAACAAGACAUGUUGACGUUACUACAAUAUUCACAACUCACGCGACAUUACUAGGAAGACAUCUCUGUGCCGCCAAUGCUGACUUUUAUAAUAAUCUUGGAAGUUUUAAUAUAGAUAAGGAAGCAGGUGAUCGUGGAAUCUAUCAUCGAUAUUGUCUUGAAAGAUCCGCUGUUCACUCUGCUCACGUGUUCACUACAGUAUCAUUGAUAACUGCUGAUGAAGCAGAACAUAUGGUGAAACGAAGACCAGAGUGCAUACUUCCGAAUGGUUUAAAUGUUGUAAAGUACACUGCUUUACACGAAUUUCAAAAUCUACACGCGAUAGCAAAAGAUAAAAUACACAAGUUUGUGCGCGGCCACUUUUUUGGGCACAAUUUUGAUUUAGAUUCCACGCUGUAUCUCUUCUCUGCUGGCAGAUAUGAGUAUUUUAAUAAAGGAGUGGAUCUUUUCAUAGAGUCAUUAGCAAGAUUAAAUUAUUAUUUAAAGUCAACGUCCAGUACUACAACAGUGGUUGCUUUCCUGAUUUUUCCAACUCAAACCAACAACUUCAACGUUGAUUCCCUCAGAGGUCAAGCAGUGACAAAACAGUUAAGAGAUGUAGUCGAUGAAUUACAAGAUAAAAUUGGCAAGAAAAUCUUUGAAUCUGCACUUGGAGGUGAACUUCCCGUAGCAGAAACAUUGUUAUCCUCGGGUGAUCUCAUAAAGUUAAAGCGAUGCAUUUACGCUGCCCAGAGAGGAAGUCUUCCUCCUGUUGUGACACAUAAUGUGGUCAAUGAUGCAGCUGAUCAAAUAUUGAAUCAUAUUCGACGUUGUCGUUUAUUUAAUAACGAUGAAGACAGGGUGAAGAUUGUUUUCCAUCCAGAAUUUUUAUCGGCAACAAAUCCUUUGAUUGGUAUGGAAUACGAAGAGUUUGUGCGUGGUUGUCAUUUAGGAGUAUUUCCAUCCUAUUAUGAGCCAUGGGGAUACACUCCAGCUGAGUGCACAGUCAUGGGGAUACCAUCCGUAUCGACCAAUCUUUCAGGAUUUGGACGUUUUAUGGCCGAACAUAUUGCAGACCCAUGUUCGUAUGGAAUAUAUCUCGUCGACAGACGAUUCAAAGAUGCUGAAGGAUCUAUUACGCAGUUAACUGAGCACAUGAAGGCAUUUUGUUUGCUAAGCCGUCGGCAAAGGAUCAUCCAAAGAAACAGAACUGAACGUCUGAGUGAGUUACUGGACUGGAAGAGUCUCGGGAAGAAUUACAUGAAAGCGAGGCGAAAAGCUCUGUCAAAGAUCUGUCCUGAGAAAUUUCCAGAGGUCCCUGAAGAGGAUGAGAACGUUCAACAUCAGUAUUUCAGAUUUCCCCGACCAGGUUCCCAGCCUCCCUCCCCAGGUUCUUCAACUUAUGGAUCAGAUGACGAGGAGGAUGAACGCCACAGACUUUACAGUGAAUAAACGACUGAUUUAGAAUUCUGAACCAUUUAAUCCAAAAUAUUUAAUUCGGAUUUCGCUCCUGUGAACAACAAAAUAAUGGAGUGAAAUAUUGUGUGUGCCAUAAUUUCGUACAGUAAUUAACCCAUGGUCUUUAAUUUCGAAUCAGAUAAUCCGACUAACUUUUGCUGUCCAUGAAUCAAAUUAAGUAGUUUUGCUGAAUCAAGCAGUCAUUGCUAUGAAAGUAAUAACUAAAGGCCAUAUUACACAGUUCAGUUUUUCCUGCAACUUGCGACGCAAUUCGACUUUUAAGAGAUGUAAAUUAGUGAAGAGUUCUCAAAAUGCAAGUGCAAGAAACAUCAUGCAGUGUUACACUAUGCAAUUUUCCUUGCAACUUGCAAUGCAAUUAUAAUUUCGAGGGAUGUUAAUUAGU